UGCCCAUCUGAUGAGGAGAUGGCUGAUGCCCAGAACAUUUCGCUGGACAGCCCAGGGAGUGUGGGGGCUGUGGCAGUGCCUGUGGUCUUUGCCCUCAUCUUCCUGCUGGGCACAGUGGGCAACGGGCUGGUGCUGGCGGUGCUGCUGCAGCCCAGCCCAAGUGCCUGGCAGGAGCCAGGUAGCACUACAGAUCUAUUCAUCCUCAACCUGGCGGUGGCCGACCUCUGCUUCAUCCUGUGCUGCGUGCCUUUCCAGGCAGCCAUCUACACGCUGGACGCCUGGCUCUUUGGAGCCCUCGUCUGUAAGGCCGUGCACCUGCUCAUCUACCUCACCAUGUACGCCAGCAGCUUCACGCUGGCCGCCGUCUCAGUGGACAGGUACCUGGCCGUGCGGCACCCGCUGCGCUCGCGGGCCCUGCGCACCCCGCGCAACGCCCGCGCGGCCGUGGGCCUCGUCUGGCUGCUGGCGGCGCUCUUCUCGGCGCCCUACCUCAGCUACUAUGGCACGGUGCGCUACGGCGCGCUCGAGCUCUGCGUGCCCGCUUGGGAGGACGCGCGCCGGCGCGCCCUCGACGUGGCCACCUUUGCAGCCGGCUACCUGCUGCCCGUGGCCGUGGUGAGCCUGGCCUACGGGCGCGCGCUGCGCUUCCUCUGGGCGGCCGUGGGCCCCGCGGGCGCGGCAGCGGAGGCCCGGCGCAGAGCCGCGGGGCGCGCCAUGCUGGCGGUGGCCGCGCUCUACGCCCUCUGCUGGGGCCCGCACCACGCGCUCAUCCUCUGCUUCUGGUACGGCCGCUUCGCCUUCAGCCCCGCCACCUACGCCUGCCGCCUGGCCUCGCACUGCCUCGCCUACGCCAAUUCCUGCCUCAACCCGCUCGUCUACGCGCUCGCCUCGCGCCACUUCCGCGCGCGCUUCCGCCGCCUGUGGCCCUGCGGCCGCCGCCGCCGCCACCGCGCCCGCUGCCCCCCGGGCUCCCGCCGCGCCCUCCGUCGCAUCGGCCCGGCGUCCUCGGGCCCUGCCGGCUGCCCUGGGGACGGCUGGCCUCGAGGAAGGCUGCCGGCGGGCAGCGGCUGGGGCGGGCAGCCCGGGGGGGAGCCUGCCCGCGACGGAGAGGCUGCGCGAGCCCUGUCAGCCCGAGGAUGGGAAUAAACCUUGUCCGCCUGCACUCUGC